AUAAUAUCAUGAGCACCAAAGCAACUUCUAUUGACCGAAAUAAAAUAUAUUCGUUUCUUUGAAUUUAUUUUAAUUAUAAAAAAAAAAGUUUUACUUUUAAUUAUUUCAAUUCGAAUUUCUUAAUUUAUGUGUUAAACCUAUGCUUGUUAUAGCACUGCAAUGGAGUUUCGGGUAUUCCUGACUUUUUGGGUAUGUACACAUAAUAAUUUUUUUACAAUGAACCUAUAUAAAAGCAUUUAACUUAAUACAUCAAUGAAUUAGCAAAAAGUUUAUAUAUAAACAUAACAAUGCUUUUAUUUCUCUGGAAUUACUCUCUUUUUACAUUCUCUGCAAUUAAUUAGUAAAAUCUCCGAAAUGUCUCAAAACUUUCGAUUUCACCAUAACUUAUUUAAUUUUACCGUUGCCUAAUCGCGUGCAAAAUUUUUAGAAAAAUUUGUUUUUUUCCAAGAUUAUAAAUAAAAAUAAUUUAUCAGGGAUAAAAGGAUGCCCAACUUAUUCCAAUGUGAGAGCGCCUCAAAACUUGCAUUUUUUAUAACAUUUUCCGUUGUAGCCAGACAAAAUAGUAAUUUUUGGGCAUUUAAGUUAAAACACUCAACAUUAUUUAUAAUGAAAAAUGAUUUUAUAUAUAUAAAAUAUGGAGAAACUAUUUAAAUAUUUUUUUAUGGCUUUAUGGUAUAUUCAAACAAUUGCAUUUUGUUCUAAGCUUAUUAGCCCUCAAUUUUUAAAUGUUUUUAAUAAUUUUCAUUUAAAAAUUAAUACUAUAAUAAUAAUGGCAUCACAAAAGAUUUCAUCACAUACAUUUAAAUUUCGCACUUUAAUUAAUUUUCAUUGUUUUACAUUUUCAAUUACUGAUCUUGAACGGCGGCAAAAAAUCCCUCCGUUCACAUAUAUUUCUGGUAGAAUUUCAAUCUGGCCGUUCCAGUCGUUCCAAUUGCGAAACAUUAAAGCCUACCCGAUCCAGUCAAUUGUCAAAGUCGGGUAAGUGAGUUGAUCUCUCAUUUCCAAUGACAGGAGUGUUGGGCACCUCUUGAUCUCUGCAAUCUAUGGAUGCGAUGAUGUUGUAAAUGUGGUACAUACAUUAUGGUAAUAUAUAUAUACAUUUUUUAUAAAUUAAAUAUCUAAAACUGGAAUAUACCAUACUAACGUUGCUUGUUUAAACAUAUAUUGAAUUGUUAAAAUAAUUUUUAUGUCAUAUCGACAGCGACAAUUUAUCAAUCUUGACAUUCAGGCUCAACAGUUCAAAAACACAGAGUACAACGUUUUGUUCAAGACAAUGUCAUAAUUUUAUGAUAAUAUCUCAUAAACUUUUGGAUAUCAUAUAAUAGGCACGAAUUUCGUAACUAUUAUUUGGCAGUGUAAACGAGCUUUUAGUUUGACAGUUUGCACAAUGUGGUAAUUCGAAUUUAUGUAAGAGUACCACAUCCAACAUCACAUGGAAUUUCACCACCCGAAGGGAAGAAACUAAAAUCGUUCAUUCGCCAUUCAAUUUUGAAAGUCGACCACUGUUGUAAGGGUUUGUUCGAAAGCACUGUGCGCUAGCUUCAAUUUCUGGUUGAUCCACGUAGCAUCAUCAAAUUAAUAUAUACAAAAUGUUCGUGUCAACAGUCUCCCGUAUUGCCCCCGUCGCCAGGACCGCUCUCCUUAACGGUUCAAAGCAAUACUUGCGACCAUUGAGCAGCGCUGUGAUUAGCCAGAGCCAAUCCUUGGCAGCUCAGAACACAUCGCCCGUUGCUUUACUGCCACAAAUUAGGUCAUUCCAGACCUCUCCAGUCACUCGUGACAUCGAUUCUGCUGCCAAAUUCAUUGGUGCUGGUGCUGCAACAGUCGGUGUUGCCGGUUCUGGUGCUGGUAUCGGAACAGUGUUCGGUUCCCUCAUCAUUGGUUAUGCCAGAAAUCCAUCGUUGAAACAGCAGUUGUUCUCAUAUGCUAUUUUAGGUUUCGCCUUGUCUGAAGCUAUGGGUCUUUUCUGUCUUAUGAUGGCCUUCUUGCUGCUCUUCGCUUUCUAAAGUGUAUGUCAUUGAAAGUUUAUAAACAACAGUAAUAGCAGUAACAUCAGCUACACCAUUUAUUGUUUUUAAAAAACAUCCAAGAAUAAAAACACGUUUAUUUAAGUUUAAAACGAAAAUAAAAAUACUAUGAUAAAAAACUUUAAAUGUGCAAAAUACGUUAAAUCCAAGCGAAAAACCAUCCUAACCGAAAAACUGAAUUAGCAGAAAUAUAUUGCGAACGAAAAGUAUCAGAAAAGUUAAGCGCCGGAUCGAAAAUAGUUAGUCAACAGAUCGAAACACCUGCUUGGGCAUUCGUUUUGAUCCCGAAUCAUUUUAGCGAUAUGGAACAUUUCAAUUAAAAUCACAUACGAAUACUUAAGUCUACAGCUAUUAUUUCUCGCAAGUGGAACCAUAAUUUAAAUGAAAUCCAGAAGUAAUUUAAAGUUGCGAUUAGUCGUUCAUCAUACCAUAGGUUUAGCUUCAAUGCCAUGAUGUAGGGUCGUGUUUGCCCUGUCAGCGCUCUCGUUAAAAACUAGGAAUGCAGGAAAGAUUCGAUGCAAUCAUGGAAUGAAAAUUAAUUAGUUUUUAUCUGAAGUUGGGUUUUCCGUAUGUGAUUUUUAUUGACGCUAAAAGAUGUUUCCUACUCAACUGAAUUUAAGAAGUUGUUCGUGCAUUCUGUACUGUAUACGUUGUUGCAACGCAUUUCUUAAAUAAUUAUAUCUACAAAUAAAAGAAUUGAGUCCUUAUUAUGAUAAUGCUGAUAAUAACAUUUAUUUGCACACAAAUUGUAACAUAAAGUAGAUCCUGAAUAAAAAAGAUGGAAUUAUUGACUGGAGAAAA